GGCUCCCUCCCUCCCUGUCCCCACCUCUUCCCUCCCUUCCUCAGGCAUCACAGUGGAGACUGCAUAGAGCCCAGUUCAGGGCUAGAAGCUAGCAGCCCUACCAUGGCAUUCCCCAGGCCCCUGCUGGUGCUAGCCCUGCUGGCAUGGGUUGUUCUGGCUGACCAAGAAUCAUGCAAGGGCCGCUGCACAGAGGGCUUCAAUGCUGACAGGAAGUGUCAGUGCGACGAGCUCUGCUCUUACUACCAGAGCUGCUGCGAGGACUACGUGGUCGAGUGCAAACCCCAAGUGACUCGCGGGGAUGUAUUCGCUCUGCCAGAAGAUGAGUAUGGGGUCGUUGACUAUCAUGAGGGGACCAGAGAACAGAGCGUCCUCACACAGCUGGAGAGUACCACCCUGAGCCCUGGCCUGCAGGCCCACUCUGAAAAGCGUCCUGCCCAGGUACCUAUUCCGAUCCCUGAGGAAGAGGCUCCAGGACCCGGGCAGGGGACCUUAGUGUUUGAGGCCCCUGAUCAAGACAUCUCUGAGUCCGCAGCAGAGGAGGAGCUAUGUAGUGGGAAACCCUUUGACGCCUUCACUGACCUCAAGAAUGGCUCCCUCUUCGCCUUCCGAGGGCAGUACUGUUAUGAGCUGGAUGAAAAGGCAGUGAGACCUGGGUACCCCAAGCUUAUCCGAGAUGUCUGGGGCAUUGAGGGCCCCAUUGAUGCAGCCUUCACCCGCAUCAACUGUCAGGGGAAGACCUAUCUCUUCAAGGGUAGUCAGUACUGGCGCUUCGAGGAUGGUGUUCUGGACCCAGAUUACCCCCACAACAUCUCUGAAGGCUUCAAGGGCAUUCCGGACAACGUGGACGCAGCCUUUGCUCUCCCUGCUCGCAGCUACAGUGGCCGGGAGCGGGUCUACUUCUUCAAGGGGAGACAAUACUGGGAGUAUGAGUUCCAGCAGCAGCCCAGUCAGGAGGAGUGUGAAGGCAGCUCCCUGUCCACCGUGUUUGAACACUUUGCCCUGCUGCAGAGGGACAGCUGGGAGACCUUCUUUGAGCUUCUCUUCUGGAACAGACCCUCUGGUGGUGCUGGAGAGCCUGGGUUCAUCAGCCAGGACUGGCCUGGUUUGCCUAGGCAGGUGGACGCGGCCAUGGCUGGCCGCAUCUACAUCUCAGGGUCGGCACCCCGAUCCUGGGUCAAGAAGCUGAAUCCUAAGCGGCGCAACCGUAAACGCUACCGUUCACGCCGUAACCGUGGUCGAGGCCGUAGCCGGACCUCCCAGCGGCAAUCCCGCUCAGCCUGGCUGUCCUGGUUCUCCAGUGAGGAGAGUGGCCUAGGCACCUACAACUAUGAUGACUACGACAUGGACUGGCUUGUGCCGGCCACCUGUGAGCCCAUCCAAAGUGUUUACUUCUUCUCAGAAGACAAGUACUACCGAGUCAACCUUCGCACACGGCAAGUGGACGCUGUGAGCCCUCCUUACCCACGCUCCAUCGCCCAGUACUGGCUAGGCUGCUCAGCCCCCAGCCACCAGUAGGAAUCUGAGCCUACACAGCUGAUCCCUCCACUGCUUCCUCCUCAACCUCUCUCUCCCAGCCCAAUAAAGAUCCUAUGCCCCUGA